AUGAGGCAGGAGGAGCUGCGGUUGGAGACUGGUCUGGGCUACCUGUGUGAAACCCAGGCUCUAGAAAUAAGUCCAGGGCGCGGGAUUGCGCGCGAGAGCGCGGGCGGAGCCCCCUCUGGACCACUCGCCCGGCCGGCGUUUCGCGGUCGCCAGGACAACCGGGCCUCCCGCAACGGCGGCGGGAACAAGUCGUUGAGGCCGCGGAGCAACCCAGGCCCUCUGGGGGCGCCCGCCCGCCGGCCUUCAGACGAUGCGAAGAUGGUGGGGAGGACGCGGAAUAAGCCCAGGGGCCCGGAGCCCGCCCUCCUCGCCCGCGCCGCGCCGACCAAGCGCCGGCGCCCGGCCACCGGGGCCGGGGAGCCCGAGCUGGAGGAGGAGCCGCAAGCCCCAGGGCCCACGUCGGGGUCCCUCCCGCAGCCCCUGCUUCCGGGCGGCGGCAGACACCUGCCUGGGGGCGCCCGCGACUACUCGCCGCGCAGGAUCCGCAAUCUGAACGGGCAAAACUACGCGAACCUGGAAGCGGUGUCCAGGUCGGCCCUACAGGGCCGCUUCCAGUUCCUGCACAGCUUCGUGGAGCAGGUCCGCCACAAGAUGCUCGGCCUGCAGGUGCGCCGCUUCUCCAGCCGGACCACCUGGGGCAUAGCUGCCUUUGUGGGAGUUUUGCACUGGAUACAUCUGGUGACACUUUUUGAAAAUGACCGUCACUUUUCUCACCUCUCAUCUUUGGAACGGGAGAUGACUUUUCGCACGGAAAUGGGGCUUUAUUAUUCCUACUUCAAGACCAUUAUCGAAGCACCUUCGUUCUUGGAAGGGCUGUGGAUGAUCAUGAAUGACAGGCUCACCGAAUACCCUCUGGUCAUCAACACAGUGAAACGCUUCCACCUUUAUCCAGAGGUGGUCAUAGCCUACUGGUACCGAAUUUUCAUGGGGAUAAUGCACCUGUUUGGGAUAGAAGCCAAGACCUGCUGGAACGUCACUAGGCUGGAGCCUCUCAAUGAAGUGACAAGCUGUGAAGGGCUGGGAGACCCCGCUUGCUUUUAUGUUGGUGUGAUUUUUAUUUUAAAUGGUCUGAUGAUGGGCCUGUUCUUCAUCUACGGUGCAUACCUCAGUGGGACUCAGUUGGGUGGCAUUGUUACAGUACUGUGCUACUUUUUCAACCAUGGAGAGGCCACCCGGGUCAUGUGGACGCCCCCUCUCCGGGAAAGCUUCUCUUAUCCAUUCCUCGUACUUCAGAUGUAUAUUUUAACUAAAAUUCUCAGGUCCUCGCUGAGUCACCGGAAACAUUACCUCGCCUUCUGCCUGGCCAACACCGCCUUCCUGCUCCCCUGGCAGUUCGCUCAGUUCAUACUCUUCACACAGAUAGCCUCAUUAUUUCCCAUGUAUGUGGUCGGAUACAUUGAGCCAAGCAAAUUCCAGAAGAUUAUUUAUAUGAACAUGGUUUCAGUUGUCUUCUGCUUUGUUUUGAUGUUUGGGAAUCCAAUGUACUUAAGUUCUUAUUAUUCCUCAUCUCUGCUGAUGACAUGGGCAAUUAUACUAAAGAGAAGCAAAAUUCAAAAGAUGGGAGCAUCUGAACUCAAUUUUUGGCUUGUUCAAGGUUGUUCGUGGUGGUGUGGCACCAUCAUUUUGAAAUUUCUGACAUCAAAAGUCUUGGGUGUUUCAGAUCAUAUUCGCCUGAGUGACCUCAUAGCUGCCAGAAUCUUAAGGUACACAGACUUCGAUACCUUGAUCUACACCUGCGCUCCUGAAUUUGACUUCAUGGAACAGGCGACCCCCCUGAGGUACACGAAGACAUUACUGCUCCCGAUUGUUUUGAUGGUUACCUACUUUAUCUUUAGAAAGACUGUACGUGAUGUUUUGUGUGCCUUAUCUACAAACACUUACCAAAGAAAACAGCUCUUGGAACACAGUGAGCUGGUUUUUCACACCUUGCAGCUGUUGGCAUUCACGGCCCUGGCCAUUCUCAUCAUGAGACUGAAGCUCUUCCUGACACCCCACAUGUGUGUGAUGGCCUCCCUGAUCUGUUCUCGAAGGCUCUUUGGCUGGCUUUUUUGCAGAGUUAAUUUUGAGAACAUUGUCUUUGGCAUUCUAACUGUCAUGUCGUUACAAGGCUACACAAACCUCCACAACCAGUGGAGCAUAAUAGGAGAAUUCACGAAUUUGCCCCAGGAAGAACUUAUACAAUGGAUCAGAUAUAACACCAGGCCAGAUGCUGUGUUUGCAGGUGCCAUGCCCACAAUGGCCAGUAUCAAGCUGUCCACGCUUCACCCCAUUGUGAACCACCCUCACUAUGAGGACGCAGACCUGAGGGCUCGAACAAAAAUAGUUUAUUCUGCAUAUAGUCGAAAAUCUGCCAAAGAAGUGAGAGAUAAAUUGUCAGAAUUGCACGUGAACUACUACGUAUUAGAAGAAGCAUGGUGUGUUGUGCGAACUAAGCCGGGGUGCAGCAUGCUUGAGAUCUGGGAUGUGGAGGACCCGUCCAACGCAGCCAAGCCUCCCCUGUGCAGCCUCCUGCUGAAGGACUCCAGGCCCUUCUUCACCACAGUGUUCCAGAACAGCAUGUACAGAGUGCUGAAGGUCAACUGA